GGAAGCAUUGACAGGUUAGUGGGCAAGCGGCCAAAUAUAUCGUUGCCCCACUCUUUUCGGGAGGCGCUUCUUAGCGGAUCGGCAGGAACCAGGGGUGCGCUGAUGGUGAUGGCCUGGAGAUCGUCACAUUGUACGCAAACAAACUCUCGCUACCCUGUGAGACGCGCCGUUGGCUUUGACACGCGACUGCUGCCACCGCACCCGACAAACGCGACCCGCCCCAUGAUUUGUUAAGCGUAGACGGAGCUCGACGCUCGCGCCGAUCCUUAUCAAUCGCCGCCUCCGCAGUCGCCGAAGCUCGUGCUGCAAGUUACAAUGGCGCCCUACGAAUUCCAUCAGCUGCGUCGGGGCAAGUAUGCCAGGCUCGAUGCCCCCACCGACGACGACCUGGAGCCUACACCAACGCGCUUCUCCUCCGAAUCGAAUGUAACCCUGGAGGACCUCGAGGAGCACGACCCGUUAGCCUUCGACAGCAGGCUGAAGCGCAAGAAGAGCGCAGGCGACCUCAAAGUACGGAAGACGUCAUUCAAGGACGCCGAGGCGGCCUCCACGACACCAUAUGCACAAAGGAAGAGAUUCUCGCCGGGACGAUGCUGCUGCUGGCUGCUGACCUUCGUCGCCGCCACAGUGCUGCUGCUCGCCGCAGGGGGCAUCUGGGCAUAUAAGGCGUCAGUACCACUCGAUGGUCUGAGUCCGCCGUGGUACCCUGCGCCAAAGGGCGGAGCAGAUCCAGCGUGGGAGGAGAGCUACAAGAAGGCGGCGGAGCUCGUCAGGCAGAUGACGUUAGUCGAGAAGAUCAACAUCACCACAGGCACGGGCUGGAGCAUGGACAUGUGCGUGGGCAACAAUGGGGCCGUGCCAAGGCUCAAGUUCCCACAGCUGUGCUUGCAGGACGGUCCUCUCGGCAUUCGUUUUGCAGACAACAUCACCGCUUUCCCUGCCGGCGUUACCGUAGGAGCGACAUGGAACAAAGACCUCAUGUACCAACGCGGCAAGGCCCAUGGCGAGGAAGCACGACUCAAAGGCGUCAACGUUCUGCUGGGGCCGACAAUGGGUCCCAUCGGUCGCCUACCUGCGGGAGGCCGCAACUGGGAGGGCUUCGGUAGUGACCCGGUUCUCCAAGGAAUUGCAUCUGCUCAGACUAUCAAGGGCAUCCAAGACGCUGGUGUCAUGGCCACUGCGAAGCACUGGCUUGGCAACGAGCAGGAGCACUUCCGGCAAGCGUGGGAGUGGGCGCUGCCAAGUGCUAUCUCGAGCAAUAUCGACGACCGUGCCCUGCAUGAAAUCUACGCGUGGCCAUUCGCCGACUCUGUCAAGGCCGGCGUGGCUUCCGUUAUGUGCUCAUACAACCAGGUCAACUCAUCCUACGCCUGUGCUAACAGCAAACUGCUGAACGGCGUGCUCAAGGACGAGCUGGGUUUCCAAGGCUUCAUCCAAUCAGACUGGCUGGCACAAAGGUCUGGUGUCGCAAGCGCACUCGCUGGUCUGGACAUGUCCAUGCCUGGCGAUGGGCUUCGCUGGGCUAAUGGUGACAGUCUGUGGGGCGCGAGGCUUACACAAGCUGUUCUGAACGGAAGCGUGCCAGUUGACCGCCUGGAUGACAUGGUGACCCGUGUCGUGGCAUCUUGGUAUCAACUCGGCCAAGACAAGUGGUCUGGCGAAGGCCCGAACUUCUCUUCCUGGACAAACGACGAGGUUGGCAAACUCCAUGAGGGGAGCCCGUCGGACAAGACCAUGGUGGUCGUCAACAAGUUCGUGAAUGCGCAAGGUAACCACAAGGACGUUGUUCGCCAGAUUGCCGCCGAGGGUACGGUCUUGGUCAAGAACACGGACAAUGUUCUGCCUCUUAGCCGCAAGGGCCGCAAGGUUGCUUUCAAGUCCAAGCAGCAGACCAAGUUCCGUGUGAGCGUGUUUGGCGAAGAUGCACGCCUCUCUCAUGAUGGUAUCAACAAAUGCGCGGAUCAGAGCUGUAACGACGGCACUUUGGCUUCUGGCUGGGGUUCUGGUGCGGUCGACUUUCCAUAUAUCGUGGAGCCGAUGUCGGCUAUCCGAGCUGCGUUUGACAAGGAUACUGUGUACGUCACCGACUGGCUGGAGAACAAGCUUCCAAAGCAGAAGGAGAUUGUCGAAGAUCAGGAUCUUUGCAUUGUCUUCGUCAACUCUGAUGCCGGUGAAGGUUACUUGAGAUGGGAGGAUGUCCGUGGUGACAGGAACGAUCUUUCUAUCCAGAAGGGUGGCAACGAACUUGUGAAGGAUGUCGCAAAGGACUGUGGCAAGGGCAAGGGCGAUGUUGUUGUCGUGGUCCACACCGUCGGCCCUGUCAUCCUUGAAGAGUUCAUCGACAUUCCCAAUGUCAAGGCUGUCCUUAUUGCCAAUCUCCCAGGCCAGGAAUCCGGCAACGCUAUUGUCGAUGUUCUAUUCGGUGACGUCAACCCCUCCGGUCGCCUGCCUUACACCAUUGCGAAGAAGGAAGAAGACUUCGGCCCCGACAGCAAAGUCAAGUACUUCCCCAGCCCCUCCGACGGCCUCGCUCCCCAGCAGAACUUCUCAGAAGGUCUAUACAUCGACUACCGCUACUUCGACAAGCAAAAAAUCGCCCCGCGCUACGAAUUCGGCUACGGCCUCUCCUACACGCAAUUCAAGCUGUCCGCUCUAGCCAUCAAGUCCAAGCACGACAAAUCCCUGCUCCCCUCCGCCCGCCCAUCAGGCCUCACGCCGCCCACAUACCCCACCACCCUCCCCGACCCAAAGUCUGCCCUCUUUCCCAAGGACUUCCACAAAAUCGAGAAGUACAUCUACCCCUACCUCUCCUCCACAAAAGGCACCGCCUUCCACGCCCCCGAACCCGUCCCGCAAUCCCCCCUCAGCCCCGCCGGCGGCGGCCCAGGCGGGAACCCAGACCUGUACACGGAGAUGCUGAGCGUGACGGCGCGCGUGGCCAACACAGGCCCCGUCGACGGCGCGGCGGUGGUGCAGCUGUACAUUUCACUCCCGCAGGGCUACACAGACCCGGAGACGGGCGAGGCUAUCGACUUUCCCGUUAGGGUGCUACGCGGGUUCGAGAAGGUGCGCGUCGCGGCUGGAAGUGGCAAGCAGGGUCGUGCGGACAGUGAUGUUGGGGAGCUGGUCACCUUUGAGGUGACACGGCGCGAUCUGAGUUAUUGGGAUGUGCGCAGGCAGAAUUGGGUCAUGCCUACGACGGGUGCGUUUGAGAUCAGCGUAGGCUUUUCGAGCAGGGAUUUGCCGUUACAGGGGACGUGGUAGGAGGUAUUGUAAGGGGGCAUGUUAUGGCGUUUCGGGUGUCAAUGAAGCUAUUGGCUGUAAUAGAUCAGUGGGGAGUCUUCGCUGGCCUGGAUUCUCAUAUGUCUGUUCUCUUCAUCUUUUUGUAGAUAGCAUCUCAGUAUUCUCACUAGAUAAACACGAUUUCUCGCUCCUCAGUAGCCAACUUAUGUGCCU